UGUGGUACUAAUUUGACAUCUGUUGCUGAUCUCUCACCUUCUUAUAUUUGUUGUGGUUUAAUUUUUCAAAUAUAUAGAAGUAAAAUAGUGACAUUAACUUAAAUUUUUGUAUUUAAGUAAUAAUAAAAAUGAAUAAAGAAACCAUUGUAAGCACAAGGCCUGAUCGCGAAUUAAAGAAGAAAAUCAUCACACCCGGUGACUACACACUUGUUCCAUACGAAGAUUCUCGAUGCAGAAUCAACUUAUCGGAUGUUAAAUGUACAAAUGUGAAUGGAAAUUGCGAAAUUGAGGCUAAUAGUCGUAUUUUCAGUGGGUCUUUUGAUGGUAACGUUUUAAUUGGAGACUCCGAUUGUUUUAUCGACCAGGAUUUUGAGUUGAUAUUGCAACAGAUGUGCUGUGGAGAAGUAUGUGAGGCUCAGAUGGUGUAUAGAGACAACGCUGGAGUCUUGGUGAAAGAGAUAUCGUGUAAGAUUGAACUCAGAGAAGUGACUGAGGAACAGCUCAUCAGUGAUUGGAGCUGGCAACGGUUGUAUGAAGCUGCUACACAUCACAAGGAGUGUGGAGUACAGUUGGUUCGAGAGAAGAGGAUAACUGAUGCCUUCAGGAGGUUUAACAAGUCCCUGAAGAUGUUGGUGGCUAUAGAGCCUAUUGAUCCGGAGACCAUUGAUGCUGAUAGAGUCAAGGAAAUGGUGGAUUUGAGGGUGAAAUUAUAUAACAACCUCGCCCACUGUCAGCUGCAGUAUAAUCAAUAUGACGCAGCUUUAGAACUGUGCAACAGGGCACUGAAGCAUGAUCCAGACAACUUAAAGGCACUGUACCGCCGGUGUGUAGCCUACCAUGGGCUCAACAUGUACGAAGAGGCCUGGGCCGAUAUACAGCAUGCUUUAAAGAUAGAUCCCAAUGAUAAGGCCGCACAGCAGAAGGCCAACAUGAUCAGGCCAAAAAUUGAGAAGAUUAAUAAGGAAUACACAAAUCUAGUAAAAAAAAUGUUCAGCUAAUAAUUGUAGCAAUUGAUUUUCUCAUUGUAAAAAUGAUUUGGCCAUAUACCUUAAGUACCAAUAACCAAUGUGGUAGAAUGGUUCUCAAGAGUUGGUCCAGGAGGGUGUAGUGUAAAGUGACUCCUACUAAAUGGAGUGAUGAUCUCAAACCUGUUGCAGUGAGUUGAUGGUUGUGAAUGACUCAAAAUAUUGUUUAUGGCAACUAAAUUGUGGAAGGUUUUGUUCAGCAGUGGACAGUGAAAAACUGAAAUGUUUUUGGGUUACUUGAUACAAAAAACUACACUCUGUUUUGAUUAGGAAGCCACUCUCCCUAAGGGUUAGUUUAAACCACCAUGUAUAACCAAGGGGGAGAGGGGGUUAAAAACUUGCUAAAAAGAUAUGAUUAAUGGAGGACUCCAAAAUAGUAAUUAUUCAAAAGUAAUACAUAGGUAUGUAGAGUACAAGUUAUAAUAGUAGUGUUAAUGUGUGUGUGUAUGUGUGUGUGUAUGUGUGUGUGUAUGUGUGUGUGUAUGUGUGUGUGUAUGUGUGUGUGUAUGUGUGUAUAUAUCAUCGUUACAUCAGCCUUUAACUGUUCUUUAACUGCUGAAUAUAGACAUCCCCCCAUAAGGGGGAUUUUGUCAGUAAUUGCCACAAACCUGGGGUUGACAACCACAGUUAGGUUUUGCGUAGUUUUAGGAGGGAUUUUGCUGCCAUUAUAUAUAUAUAUAUAUAUAUAUAUAUAUAUAUAUAUAUAUAUAUAUAUAUAUAUAUAUAUAUAUAUACUAGCUGACUCAGCAAACGUUGUUUUGCCAUAUACAUUAUUUGGAGAAUAUUUUUUUAGUCCAUUAAAAAAAUAUAUUGGGGAGGGUCACUCUUAUCAUUGAGGGGUAUCCUAGUUUAUGUUUUACUCUACUUCUGGAAAAAGCUAGUAAAUUUCAAAUAUUCAUAACUUUGAUGCAAUGCGUGUGCUCUAAAUAGCUUAACAAAUUCUAAGCUAUGAAGUGCUGUUAAAUUUGUCUUAAUUGUGAGAGUGCUGGAGGUUACAUGACAAUAAUUUGUAACAAUAAUUAUGGCAGCCAUAAAUUGAUAAUAGUGAAAUUUAACAAUCAGAAUUCUUGUGACUUUAUAACUCCAUUUGAUAUGGUUUUUUUUUAAUGUUUGAUAAUGGUAUGGUAACCCCGCCUACACUAACGGGAUACGCUGGCGGAGCACCAGUGGAGGGUGAUAGAUGAGAAUGAAAACAGGCCAGUUAGCCCAUCAUGAUGAAUUCAUCAGGAAUUAACCAUGAUAAGUGUUCAGUGGGGACCGCGUGGAGGUCGACCUGGUUGGCUAUAUUGCUAGCAAUGAGAUUCUCAGUCUCCAUUACUAACAAUCCCUUUCCCUCCAUUUGAUAUGAUUAGUUAGUGUAUUUACUAUUGAUCUGUCUAUAGGCGGUAACCAAUGUUUUAUUCUAUUAACGAUGUUAAUAAGCAUUUUAAGAUUUUGCUCCACUGUAAAAGUGACUCCUAUUAUUACAAAAUUUACGUUUUAAGAUAAAUAUAUUAAAAUAUUUCCUGCUUUCUUUAAUAUGAUGAAUCUAAACCGUGGCGAAACAAUAGGGUGGUAAUGCGGGCAAAAUACUACACGCCCCCGGCCUGCGAGUGCAUCUGAUCUGAGUGGUCGGGAGUACAGGAAGAAUUGAAUUAUUUAUUACAUAAUAGUCACUUACCAUCAGGUGAGCCGCAUGCUCGUUUGCCCUCUGUGUUGUAAAAAAAAAUUGGUAAAAUUAAUCACUUUUACCAAUUUUUUUUUACUGCUUAAUGACGAAAUAGUAAAUUUUGUUAAUGAUACAGUUUUUUUAGGUAUAACAGUGGACUCGAAAUUACAAUGGGGGCCCCAUAUUUCAAAAUUGGCCAGUAGACUCAGUUCUGCUGCAUAUGCAAUUAGAAGAAUUAGGCAAUUAACAGACGUGGCGACGGCUAAACUUGUAUAUUUUAGUUAUUUCCAUAGCAUAAUGUCUUAUGGCAUACUGCUGUGGGGUAAAGCAGCCGAUAUAAAUACUAUAUUUGUUUUACAAAAGAGAGCCAUACGUUCUAUUUAUGGUAUGGGUUCAAGAGAGUCAUUACGUCAGUGCUUUAAAGACUCAAAUAUCCUCACAGUUACUUCACAAUACAUUUAUGAAAAUAUUAUGUAUACACGGAAGAACUUAGCGAGUUUUAAAAAACUCAAAGACUGUACAAGUAGAAACUUACGCAAUAUAAAUAAGCUUAUUUUACCUAAAUGCCGUCUGCACAAAAUCAGUAAUUCAUUCUAUGGUAAUUGCAUAAGAUUUUAUAAUAAACUGCCGGAAUCUGCAUUAAAUCUGACAGAGAGGCAAUUCAAAUCUUAUAUUAAACAAUUUUUAUGUAAGAAAGCCUAUUACAGGAUAGACGAAUUCAUAGAUGACAACAUAUCAAGUAAAUAAUUAGUUUAUUAGCAUACAACGUUAUAAUUUUAUUUUCUCAUUGCUUUCUUGAUUUAAUUGAUUAAUUUUAGAAAUAUGAAAGCGUAGCGGUUUUUUGUAUUAAUUGCCGCAUGCAUUCUUAUGUAAAAUGUGAAUACUAUAACUAUCAGAUGGCAAUUGUGAGUAGCUUUGACGUGGUCUAGUGUUUUGAGUAGUCAUGCUCACUAAAAUGUCCAGACUUGUGGCGGCGUGGUGGGCCGGGUCAUUGGGCUCCCUAAAAUAUGGUCGAGCGCAGUGAUGGCUGGCUCAUCCGUCAUACUCGUGAACGGGUGCUGCUUGUAGGGACUGGUCUGCUCUAAUCACUAUGACUGAUUUCCUCUUAUUAAUUGUUUAACCAGUUGGUUAUGUAUUCAAUUUUUUUUUUUUCUUUUUGAGUAUUUAAUUGAAUUAGUGCUAAUUGGUGGUUUGUAUUCACACAAUUAAACUUAAAAAUGUAAAAUAAUAAUAAAAUUAUUUAAAAGAGCAUCACGCAAGUUUCUUGCUCGUUCUUCUUGUGAUGAGACAGCUUUCCGAACGAGCGGUAAAUUAAAAAAAAUGUAAUGACUUUUCAAAAGUGCUUCAAUGUAAGUUUAUUUGAAUAAAUGAUUUCUAUUCUA